AUGGAACUUGAUCAUUUCAGUCACAAACAUUCAUUGACUUCCUUGGAAAGCCAAAACACAAACAGUGAUGCUUGGAAGACCUAUUGCUCCGGCUGCCUGGGUUCAAUAUCCAAGGAAUCUAGCUAUGGUUGCACUCAAUGUGACUACUUUCUCCACAAAAAAUGUGCAGAGCUACCCGCUGAAAUUUCCCAUCCUCUCCACCGAAGACACCCUCUUCUUCUUCAAUCCAACCACGAGGAACUUAUUUGUGCUUUGUGCUUCUGCAGUGGGAGCUUAGUUUAUCACUGCUCUAUCUGUGAGUUUUCCCUUGACAUUGAAUGCGCUGAAGUUUUACCUCCAGUUAUUCGAUCUCAAACCCAUGAACACCCUUUUACCCUCCUUUGCAAGGAAGUCUCAUUCGAUUGUGAUGCUUGCGGCGAAGAUGGCUCUCACUCUCCCUACGUUUGCAUCUCCUGCAACCUCACAGUUCACUACCAUUGUAUUUCAUUACCAAGAGCCAUCAGAAUAACUCGCCAUGAACAUCUUCUCAGACACACUUAUUUUCUUCAUGAAUGGCGCCCCUGUUCGAUUUGUCACAUUAAUCUGAGUGAAAACCAUGGGUGUUAUCAUUGUCCAGCGUGCGAUUAUGCUGUCCAUGUCCACUGCGCAACGCACUCUGAUAUACGGGAUGACACAACAAGAGAUGAGGAAGAUGAUACGGAGAGCAGUGAGGCCAGGGUAGAUUCUAUAAUCAGGAUUGUUAAGGAAAUCAAGUUGGGUGAAGACAUGAUUGCAGCUGAGAUUGAGCAUUUCAGCCAUGAACAUACCUUGAGUUUCAGUAAUGUGGGUAAGGAUAAUAAAUGUUGUGAUGGGUGCGGUAUACGCAUUUUGUCUCCAUUUUAUUGCUGUGAAGGGUGUGAUUUCUUCCUCCAUAAAACUUGUACUGAAUUACCCAGAAAUAAGCUUUACCCGCUUCACCAGCAUACACUUACUCUUCGACCAAAAUCACCUCAUUCGAGUAGAGUCUUUGCAUGUAAGGUCUGUUCAAUCUACUCCAACGGCUUCUCUUACAACUGCGAGAGAUGCAGUUUUGAUAUCGAUCUCCGCUGCUCUUCAAUUUCAGACACUCUUAUCCAUCAAGCUCAUGAACAUAGCCUCUUUGUCUUAUUCGGGAUUGAUGGAGUGCGGGAAUGCAAUGGCUGUGGUGCGUCGGGAAAGAACGGACUGGAAUGCUCUCAAUGUGACUAUGGUCUUCAUUUCAAAUGUGCUACACUACCACUCACAGCUAUGCAUAGCUAUGACGACCAUCCUCUGAAACUCACCUUCCAGGAUGAUUCAGAUUCAGAUAUGCUUUAUUGCGAUGUAUGCGAAGAUGAGAGAAAUCCAGAUAAUUGGUUCUACUCCUGUGAUGAUUGCGGUGUCACCAUUCAUCCCGAAUGUUUACUUGGCAAGUAUCCUUAUAUUAAGGUUGGAGAUGCUUACGCAACUGAUUCUCACCCCCACUCCCUCCGUUUCGUGAAGAAGACAGAGAAGUAUCCUGCCUGCAACUCUUGCAGCCAACCCUGCACAGAUUUGGCACUUGAGUGUGCCGAGCCUGAAUGUAGUUUUAUUGUCCACUGGGAAUGUGUUGCUCCUAACAAGUCUUGA